CACGGACAAACGAACCUGACCAGAGUUCUCCCGCACUACAAUUUUUACUAAACCCACGGUUUCCACUCUCUGCGUCUCUCUCAAGCUAUUCGUCUCUCUCAAGCUAUUCUUCAAUGGCGGAACCUAAAACCAAAUACGAUCGUCAGCUCAGAAUUUGGGGCGAGCAAGGGCAAGCAUCUCUCGAGAAAUCGAGCAUAUGUUUGUUAAACUGCGGCCCGACCGGCUCGGAGACAUUGAAGAAUUUGGUCCUUGGUGGUGUUGGAAGCAUAACUGUUGUUGAUGGCUCGAAAGUGGAAAUAGGAGACCUUGGAAAUAAUUUCAUGGUGGAUGAGUCGAGCGUUGGGCAAUCAAUGGCCAAAACCGUUUGUGCCUUUCUGCAGGAGUUGAAUGACGCUGUAAAGGCAAAAUUCAUAGAAGAGUAUCCGGAAAGGCUGAUAGACUCGAAUCCGGCAUUCUUUUCGCAGUUUACUUUGGUUGUUGCCACGCAGCUUGUGGAAAAUUCUAUGUUGAAACUGGACAGAAUAUGCCGUGAAGCUAAUGUCAUGUUAGUAUUUGCUCGUUCAUAUGGCCUUACCGGUUUUGUCCGGAUCAGUGUGAAGGAACAUCCAGUCAUUGAGGCAAAACCUGAUCAUUUUCUGGAUGAUCUUCGGCUGAAUAACCCAUGGCCAGAGCUCAGGAGAUUUGCAGAGACAAUUGAUUUGGAUACAACUGAUCCAGUCAUCCAUAAACACACUCCAUAUGUUAUAAUUCUUAUCAAGAUGGCUGAGGAGUGGGCAAAAACUCACGAGGGAAACCUUCCAUCAACUAGGGAAGAUAAAAAGACAUUUAAGGAUUUAAUCAAGGGCAAGAUGAUUGCAUCAGACGAAGACAAUUACAAAGAGGCCAUAGAAGCUUCAUUUAAAGUUUUUUCUCCUCGAGGAAUUAGUCCAAGCCUUCAGCAGAUCCUAAAUGAUAGAUGUGCAGAUGUUAAUUCUGAUUCAUCAGAUUUUUGGGUGUUGGUGGCUGCUCUGAAGGAGUUUAUAGCUAAUGAAGGUGGUGGGGAGGCACCUUUGGAAGGAGCAAUCCCUGAUAUGACAUCUUCUACUGAGCUAUAUAUCAACCUGCAAAGGAUUUAUCAAGCUAAGGCUGAGGCAGAUAUUCAUAGUAUGGAGAAUUAUGCAAGGAAAAUACUACAGAAGAUAGGCAGAGAUACUGAUAGCAUUCCUAAAGCGACCAUUAAAAGUUUCUGCAAAAAUGCACGCAAACUCAAGGUAUGCAGAUACCGCCCAUUAGAGGAGGAAUACAAUUCUCCAGUUCAGCCAGAGUUGCAAAAAUAUCUAACAGAUGAAGACUACAGCACGGCGGUUGGAUUUUAUGUUCUUCUACGAGCAGUAGACCGUUUUGCUGCAAAUUACAACAGUUUUCCUGGGCAGUUUGAAGGUGAGAUGGACGAAGAGAUUUCGAGGUUGAAAACAACAGCUGUUAGCGUACUUAACGACUUGGGUUGCAAUGGAUCAACAUUGACGGAAGAUCUUAUCAAUGAGAUGUGCCGAUACGGAGCUGCAGAGCUUCAUGCUGUAGCUGCAUUGAUUGGAGCAAUUGCAUCACAGGAAGUGAUCAAGCUGAUGACGAGACAAUUUGUUCCGAUGAGUGGGACAUUUAUCUUCAAUGGCAUUGAUCACAAGUCGCAGUUGCUAUUACUUUAGGCUCAUCAACCAACAGCAGGUAUGGAUAUGCAUAUCGUAUUUAAGUAAGUACCCAUCUCCAUCUCCAUCCCCAUCCCCAUCCCCAUCCCGUGCCUAGACUUUUUGUUGACACACACACUUGGUUCUUGUGUGGAUCUACUUCUCUUAUAGUAUUGAUACACACACACUACCAACCACCUUUGUCUAUUGACUAUACAUAUAUAUAUAUAUAUUUAAUGCGUCACCAAUGAUCUUUGAUCUCGACCUCUACCAGCAAAAGCUAAGUUUGGCUAGUAUGGAAUGGAAUGGAGUUCCCAUCCUCUCCUUUCCUUUCCUUGGGGUUUAGGGAAUGGCUUAGUUGAUGGCUGGAUUUCUAAAUGAAAGAAGUUGGAUUGGAUG